AUGAAGAUCAAGGCGCUGGACUUCGUGCACGCGCUCGUCUCCGCGGUCCUGUUCGUCGUCGUGGCCCUCGGCAACUCCGGCAUACAGAGCUGCCUGUUCCCGGACAUCAGGCCGGACGCCAGGGAAGUGCUCAUGAACCUUCCGGUGGGACUAGGGUUCCUGUCCAGCAUGGUGUUCAUGAUCUUCCCGACAACAAGGAAGAGCAUCGGGUACACAGACUUGAUGCCUCAUCAACAAGAAGAAGAUGGGAAACGAAGCAAUAAUAAUGCAGUAUAA